CUGAGAUCCUUUGCCUGUGGCAGCGAACAUGUGAUGACAUCGAUCUCUCCAUCUGGCUCGUCGGACACGGAAGUUUGGGGUUGGGGGCAGAAUGAGCACGGUAACUUGAGGCCGGAUCAUACAGAUGAUGUGCCGAAGCUCAUCAAGGUCUGG